AUGAAGAACGCGAACCUCGAUCCCGUUCGGAUCGCUUCGCAAGUCCGACGGCUGGAUCUGCAUUCCAAGUCUGUUUCCAAAAUCGCAGAAGGAAGCCGUGAAGCCGUGAAGCCGUGGACAUGGGCCAGACGGACGUGUACCUGCACAACGCUCCGGCCCUUCCCGAAACAUCCGGCGUUUAAGAGAUCGACCAAGGUGGAACGCCGGACGUUUAUGGCCGCGUAUAACUUGUGCAUCAGCCAGACAACGGCCCUUACCGUCAAUGGGACUCAACCGUUCGUCAUGCCGGUGAACGCAUGUAUCGAUCCAGCUAGCAAGCAACGUAUUGCUGACUGGGAGAUGGGUAAGGACCCGUAUGAAGUGACGGAAGCCGAAUGGGUUGCGUGGUUUCGACAAGGUUAUGACGUCGACCCACGGGCGCUGGACUCGCUCAAGAAACGGAUCAAGGCGGCUAUCGUGUUUGACAUGUUGGACGGACUGGCAGCCGCCAUCCGUUGUGACCGUCAGGAAUGGGUGAUCAAGGAAGAAAGUCCAGCGAUCGUCAAGAUCAUUACGGACUCGGUCAACCCCGCGUCGCUCCAUCGUGCCGUGACUGAGCAGAUGGCGUUGACACGCAACAAGCCGUUGAAGAAGGACAUAUACCGUUUCGUACGGUGGUUGCGGGAGUACGCGAUCGGGCACGAACGGUUCGUCGGUUACGAAGAAGAUACGAAGCCGGAUUCGCCUAAGACGAACCAAGGAGGUACGCACAGACUCCGUACGGCUCCGACUCAGUCGACACCGCGAGCACCAGCGACAGCGACGACGCCCCAGGCAUCCACCACCUGGGCUGACGUCAGCGAACGCUUGUCUGAAGUGCAAAUCUACGAGCCAUCGUGUACGGGAGUGCCCGGGUAUCACCGAAGAGGAAGCAGUGAAGCUCCUCAAGACACACGGACGAGCCAUUGGCCAUGGACGGAGCGACGGUAA